UUUCAACAAGAGGGUCCAGUCCGACCCCCUCCUACCUCAAAUCGACUAUCCCCGAAAAGAAAAAAGAAAACCCUCAAAUCGACUCCCACGCCAGGCCACGCCUCCGCCGCCGCCGCCGCCGCCGCCAACUACUCCUGAAGGCAACUACCGCCAGAUCUACUCGCUCCUGCAACCUUCGCCUCAAGGAUGUCUACCGGAACCCCAUUGUUUGUGGCGUCUGUUAUGCUGGUGUGUGUAGCGUUUUGGGGGUAUGUUAUGCAGCUGUAUGUGAUCCCGAAGGUAAUUUUGGGAUUUCUGAUGCCGCUCCUGCAGGAUCGCAGCUCAAGCUCAACCUACCGGCUCCGGUUCCUCAUGGAGUACAUCGUAGUACUAUACAUCCUAUUCAUACUUGACGCAAUCACAGGCGUACUGUUCUUGAGGAUUCCAUUGUACUACGAACUUGAGCUUGCCUUCAUCAUGUACCUAUGGCACCCCAGGACUCAGCUAUAUUUACCUUCAAAAUCUGUAGUUGGGGCUACCAUUGUGCUCAACAUGAUCCUCCUACCACUGGUAAUGGUCAAGUUCUUCACAGCGAGAGUUCAUGAUCUGCUCCUCGCUUGUAUACGGCUCCGGUCGGAGGCAGCUCGUACCCGUGCUCAUGCCCGUGAGAUGAGGCUGCAGAAGCUCCGGUUGGAAACUCGCCAUUUGUGGGGAAUGGAGAGUUGUCUUAACAAGGUGCAUGACUUUUUGGAGAGCAGGCUAGCCCAUGAUAACUUGCUAGGGAUCUGGGGCGUGAGUGGAGUGGGUAAAUCUUCCCUUCUCAUGCAGCUGCGACAGUCUUACCGAAUCUUCGCUGUUUUCCACCAUGUGCUCUAUUUUGGGUUUGGCAGCAGAUCCACCGUGACGGAUGUGCAGCUUGCAUUGGGUGUAUGUUUGGGCUACAACUACGAAAUGAUGUCAUUGAUGGAUGAGAAGAGCCGGGCCCGCGUUAUCCAUCACAGUUUGUCAAACACCAGCUUCCUCCUGUUGCUAGAUGAGCUGGAGGCGCCUGUUGAUCUGGCGGCGGUUGGCCUGCGGAUGCCACUUGGGAAGUACCGGCACCAGAAGGUCAUCAUUGCGACAGGGAGCAAGGAUGCUUGUGCCCUCAUGGGUUGUGCUGCUGAUAACAUCAUCGAAAUAGGGUGUUUGGGGGAAGAUGAUGCCUGGAGCCUCUUUAAAGACAGAGUUGGGGAUGCAAUCAUUGAUGACCCUCGGAUUCAGCCGCUUGCCAAAGAGAUGGCUCAAGCCUGUGGAGGAUUGCCGAUAGCACUACGCACAUUUGCUGGGGCAAUGUCUGCGAUACAAGAUGCAGAUGAAUGGAGGUAUAUGUAUAAAUAUCUCCAGGCUCGGCUUCCAUUGUCACGAGAACAAUUUGCAGAUUUGUUACACAAUAUCAGGCACUGGUAGGUGUUGCUGUGCUCUCCUAAUUAGACCUGUUUGGAAGCCUGAUAAAUCGCAGUUCUGUAAAAUAAUUGUCCUUGCCUAGUAAGAAGUACUCCCUCCGUUCCAAAAUAGAUGACCCAACUUUGUACUAACAAAGUUAGUACAAAGUUGGGUCAUCUAUUUUGGAACGGAGGGAGUAUGUUUGAAUGUCCAACCACCUACAUCUGUGAGCAUGCUGUUGGAAUGGUUGAUGGACUAUGUAAGAUAAAAAUUCUAACAGCCCCAACUUUCCUUUUGAGCAAAAUGGCAGCUGAUGAAAA